AAAGUCAUACUUGUCUUCCAUGUCAAAUACAAAAACUAAAACUCCCCCUUCGCCCCAACUUUUGCUACUGAUCACGCCGCCUAAAUUCUCUCUAUUUGUUUCUCCUGAAAACCUUGAACCAAAAUCUGAAAUGGGUUUGAUUCAAUUUCUCGAAUCAAUCAAAUCCAUUGAUUGGGAGCAGGAAUCUUACCCAGCUUAUGAGGAUUUCAUUCUUCUUCCUUUUUUCCUUAUUUUAUUUCCUUCUGUUCGAUUCCUCCUCGAAAGAUUCGUUUUUGAGACAGUGGGGAGGCGAUUAAUUUUCCGAAAUGAGCAACAGAUGAUCGAGGUUGAGGCAAGAGAAAAAAGGAAAAAACUUAGAAAAUUUAAGGAGUCAGCCUGGAAAUGCUUGUAUUUUCUUUCAGCAGAAGUUCUGGCGCUCUCUGUAACUUAUAAUGAACGUUGGUUUAAAAAUACUAGAUACUUUUGGGUGGGGCCAGGAGAUCAAGUUUGGCCAGACCAAAAAAUUAAGUUAAAAUUGAAGGGAGUAUAUAUGUAUGCUGCUGGAUUUUACACAUACUCCAUAUUUGCUCUGAUGUUCUGGGAAACAAGGCGAUCUGACUUUGGGGUGUCCAUGAGUCAUCAUAUUGCAACUGUCAUUCUUAUUGUGCUGUCAUACAUAUUUAGAUUUGCUCGUGUUGGUUCUGUAGUUUUAGCACUUCAUGAUGCCAGUGAUGUGUUUUUGGAGAUUGGGAAGAUGUCAAAAUAUAGUGGCGCUGAAGGAGUUGCUAGCUUUGCAUUUAUUCUUUUUGUUUUGUCUUGGAUCCUAUUGCGGCUCAUCUAUUAUCCUUUCUGGAUCCUUUGGAGUACAAGCUAUGAAGCUAUCCUGACCUUGGACAAGGAAAAGCACCCGGUGGAUGGACCAAUAUACUAUUAUGUGUUCAAUACUCUUCUAUUUUGCUUACUUGUUCUUCAUAUUUAUUGGUGGGUCUUGAUAUACCGGAUGCUUGUUAAACAAAUAGAAGCUAGAGGCCGAGUUAGUGAAGAUGUUCGAUCAGACUCUGAAAGUGAAGAUGAGCAUGAAGAUUAAUCAGCAAGCAAAUAAUUACAGCCGUUUCAGGACUCCUGUAAGGUGUGGAGCAGCCUGAAUUACACAUCUGAUUUUUUCUUUAACAAAAUGAAAUAGAUGAUCUGUGGAAUUCCUUUGUAAUGAAGGGAUUGUAUACUGAUUUUUCGGAUGAGGUGCUAAAGCAGACGGAAAUGGGAGCAAUUGAAGAGGUUUACAAUUCUUGCUGUGAGAUUAUAGCCCACGCAAAACACCAGCUUAGAUUUGCGCUAACCCACUAAUGAUUUGUUGUGAGAAAAUUUCACUUGAGCUUCGAAUUGAGCCUGCUGCCCAUUGUGAGGGUUUGUUAAUGCACUUGAUUCUUUUUGUAACCUAUCAGGGAACUUUGGCUAAGAUCAAAGGCUGUUUUGGUUAAACUUCAUUGAUUGAAAAUAGUUCAUGGCUGGGCAGAUAUUGGAUAAAGAAAUUUUACUGAUUUCUAAUCAUGGUUA